AUGGCAGGCUCUACCGCUGUCACACCAAUCCGAACCAGCACUACUCAUUAUAAUCGAGACUGUAUGCUUCAUCAUACCUUCCUCCAGGAUCUCAUGGAAACAAAUACUCACAAGAGGGUCCAAAUGCUGCCAACUUUAACUUCUGACAAGAGACCUGUGCGACAAAUCGUCGAUCUUCGCCAGAAGGACACUAAGACUGCCACCCUUUCGCCUUGCAGAAACUCUUACUGUGGCAGUCAUUGCGAGUUGAACUCUAAUGGGCUCCUACGGUCAAAGCGCGACACUAAAAUCAAGCGACAUUUUGAGCGCUGGGUGCGCCAGCAAGCAGAAUGGUGCUCGGACUCGCACGCAACAGCUCCUCGAUCGAUGAGCUCUUCUAUUGCAGGUAGUAUUGCUGGUACAGAUGAGGGAGCUGAGAAUGUCAUUCCGUUAUCCACAGUUCUGCUACCUGACCCGUAUUCGCAGCGAUUACCAUGGCGCUAUGAGCUCGUCAACCCCAUGUUAAUGGUUCAAUUGAUCUCAAACACGCUGGGAAGGCUCGCAUUCCUCAACGACAUGGCAUUCCGCCCCAGAUUUACUGUUACACGCUUUCACUCGAACAGAGCGCCCCGGAUAUCUGCCUGCGAGUACCUGAGACGCUUAACGCAUCGGUUGUGUCUCUCGUCUCCGACACUGGUGAUGAUGGUUAUCUACAUCCGACAACUCUGCAAAACGCACCCCACAUUCGAUGUUUCGAGCCUUACAGCUCACAGGCUGCUUCUAAGCUGCGCCUUAGUUGCUAGUAAGAGUGUAAGUGACUUUGCCUGGCCCAACCAAUCCUUUGCUUCCGCAGGUGGAGUUUCUGCUGCCGAGAUGGCAGUUUUGGAGUUGGAACUAUUGGAAUAUCUGGAAUGGAACGUUGCGCCACAUCAAGAACGGCUGUCCGAGUGUUAUCGUGAUCUUGUGCAGGGAAGUAAUGGAUACUCGGCCGAGCAUGGGACGAGCUCAGCUGGGCCUUAUGCUGUCUAA